UUAGAGUCAUUUUGACACCAUUUUGAUAUUAUAAUGACUUGUUGUUCUGCUUCGGUAAUUGAUUCUUAUCUUAUGGAUCUAACUUUACGUUCAACUGUUCUACGGUUACAAGGCUGAGUUUUGAAAUCCAUAUAAAGUGUUGAAACCUUUCUGUGACCGGCUGUACUAACUAUGCAUCAUAUACGGGGGAACGCGCAUCCGGUCGUGCGUUGGAAAGUCGGAGUAAAAGCACGUGUCUUUCUCACACCAUAUAUUGCAAGUGUAAGCCACGCGUACAUCGUCCAGAUCGAUAAGGCGCCUUUUCUGCGAAACAAGAUACAGCGAAUAAUUCGAAUUGCCACGCAGCAUGAGAAUGAGUUUCUCGAGACACUCACGAUUCUCAAGUCGAAGCCCAACGUCGCCCGAAAGCUGCACGAGGCUAUGAUAAAGGAGCUAUACAGCAGCAUGAACAAUGAUUUUGAGGAUAUAUUAAAGGAAGGCAGUUUGCAGGAAAACUUCAUUAAAAUAGCCAAAUUGUCCGAGGAGAACACGUCCGCUAACGAACAUGCGUGGCGUCCACCGGGAGAUGUAACCUCGCAUUUGAGAUCGUUGGACGCGCACAAGAUCAAAGAGGCGAUCAAGGAAUUGGAGGAACAGGUGAACGAGAUGGAAAGGGAGAACGAAACCUUAAUGAGUACAAUCGCGGAGAGUAGAUCGAGAAUACGUGCCACAAAUGACAACGUGAUGAGAAUUCUGAAUUGCGCGCCAGACGUACUGCAACGAUUAGAGAAAACUUGUGAACAGCUGACGACUUGUCUUAAAACUAUUGAAAAUGAGUAGCUCUGCGAUGGAUUUUGGAA